CGGGAAGGCUCACCUACCCGGCUCUCUGCUUCCUUCUCUCCACGUCCCUCUCUGCUUACAACCUCCAUGGCUCCCAAAAAGCCAGAGCCCAAGAAGGAUGACGCCAAGGCAGGUGCCAAGGCAGCUCCAGCUCCCGCACCUGCACCCGCACCUGUACCAGAGCCCCCCAAGGAACCUGAGUUCGAUGCCUCCAAGGUCAAGAUCGAGUUUACGCCGGAGCAGAUUGAAGAGUUCAAGGAAGCCUUCAUGCUGUACGACCGCACACCCAAGUGUGAGAUGAAGAUCACGUAUGGGCAGUGUGGGGAUGUCCUGCGGGCGCUGGGCCAGAACCCUACACAGGCUGAGGUGCUCCGAGUCCUAGGGAAGCCGAAGCAGGAAGAGCUUAACUCCAAGAUGAUGGACUUUGACACGUUCCUGCCCAUGCUCCAGCACAUCUCCAAGAACAAGGACACGGGCACCUUCGAGGACUUUGUGGAAGGGUUGCGGGUCUUCGACAAGGAGGGCAAUGGCACGGUCAUGGGCGCCGAGCUCCGCCACGUGCUGGCCACGCUGGGUGAGAGGCUGACAGAAGAUGAGGUGGAGAAGUUGAUGGCUGGGCAAGAGGACUCCAAUGGCUGCGUCAACUACAAAGCAUUUGUCACGCACAUCAUGUCCAGCUGAACCUCUUGCCCCAGAUCCCCUGUUGCCACCUCCCCAGCUCCACCAAGUCCAAUUCUCAGCUGACAUCCCGCAGCCUUGCUUGCACCUCUCCACUGUAACCUGUGACCGCCUUUGCUCUCAGGGAGCCCAGGGGAGGCCGUGCUGGGGACAGCUCAUCUUCCACUCGAGUUGCUGACACCCGUGGCCUGCAGCCUGUGGGACGGAGGGGAGCACAUUGAGACUCCUGCACAGGCUCUCUCUGCACAGCUCUGCGGGGCUGUCAUCUCUCCCCAUCAGGCUGCACUUGCCUGUGACUGCAUCUCUGUCCCCGGCCCUUGGGCCUCAUGAAUAAAUGGCUUCUUUCCUUC